AUGUGUUUUCGAACCAUUAUCGACGUUGGUAUUGAUACAUAUCAGCCAAAAGGAGCGACGCAGAAUUAUGCAGGAUCCUGGCUUGUUGGUUUCUCCUUGGAGCAGCUGAGGCUAGAUUUUAUCCUGGUACCCUCUACCAUUUCAGUUCCUGGUAUCCAACAGAUCAGAUGCCCUCAGAUUCCCAGCGGGUUGUUAGCAUACGUGAUACCUUUCAUGAAUAGCUUUGAAGGAUUGGCGGCUCUCUCUUCUCGAAGGAAUUCUCGCUAUUCUCUGCGCAGUCUAUGCUUGAUUCUUCUUCCUGAAUUCUCUGAGACGGUCAAACUCCUCGCUGAACGAGAGCGGGAGGCUGUACUUGAAAAUCUCCCCAAACAAGCUCCGACCACAGCUCUUCAAGAGCCCAACAUUCGUUCAUUUUCUAAUCUAGAUCCUCCAUGGUGUCGGCUAGUAGAGCACUUCAGUCGUUUUGCCGACUGUGAUAUACAGCCGAUAUUAAUUCAACGACAGGCACCGUUCACUCUCGUAUUCAUCAUCCUCUUCUCCCUCGCUUUCUCCGUUCGCACCAAACGACUCAGCCAAUGGGUUGCCAGACUCGGAGUAGAAUACUUGCUUAUCAUGACCGCCACGACGGCCCCGCAAAGCUUCUUCGCCACCACAUCGCCUGAAAGAAUCCGCGCAGCAAGGGGGAUGACAACUGCUGACCUGGCCAUUGGCAUCACAAAUGCGAGAUGCUAG